CAGAUACGAGCGAAUGACAGACAGAUUUCCAAAUAGACGACGGUUCGUGAUGAAAACAAAGCGCCAGCGACGACACACUGAAAGCUGCGAAUCGGGUCCGCCCACGGCCGUAUCAGUGUCGUACAAAGGCACCGACACCAUUGCAUGGCACAGUCGCCAAGUAACACCAGCGAAGAAAACUCAGUUCAGAUCAAGCAGAUAAGUUGCUGAGAGAUCUGUUGAAAAGAGCACUCGAAAGAAGAAACUGUCUGAGAAGUCGAAAACAAAUUAUUAAAGUUCAAAUGUAAAUAAUACCCAAUUCGAAAAUACAGCUAACAAACUUUCGCUUUUCUUGUACAAGAUACUGAGCCGUCCAUUACAUCGUGAUAAUGGAUAUAACGGAAGCCUUCAGAGGGGAAGAUAUUUCAAAAACAGAUUUCUUUGAUUUCGUCGUGACGCCAGAUGUAGGAGAACAUCAACAAACUUUGCACUUUAACAGAACACUGAAAUCCAUGGGAAUCUUUAUCGAAAGUAACAAUAGCAAUAACAACAACGACCCUGGAACCACGACCUAUCAGGACGUCAAAGAAUCUAACAACAAUCACCUUAUGAUGACAACGACGGCACCAUCAGGCCUGCCACCAACGGAUCACAGUAUGGGCAACUUCGGCGAUCACUCCUUUUGGACAUCCUCCUCUUGCGACAAAGAAACCGUAAGACUUGAAACUGCCAUAUUGGAGGACUUGAACAAAUUCUGCUGGAGCCAAGAUUCGACAGAAUCCGCCUCCCCAAAUAGCAAUGGCGGCUCUUGCCACAAAGUAAGCAUCAGUAACAGUACACAUAACAACACAGAUGGAGCGAUAUAUACGUUGACAGUACUGAAUGGCGGCGAUCAUAGUGCCACCUGGUAUCGGACACCGGAAGCUCCUACAAGCCUGAAGGAUGAAGAUGAAAAUCAUCAACAAUCAUUAUCCUCCCCACAUAAUAUGGAGUGCCAGCAAAUAAAUUCUCAUAAUAAUCAACAGAACCAUUCAUCAGCUCUUGAUCUCGAUUCAAUUCUUAGUAUUAUACCUAACCAACCCUCAGCUACACCCACACCUACAUCAUCAUCAACAUCAACCGGACAUCAGUUCCACCAGAACGGUUACCGUCAGAAUCACUCACUUUCUUCAAAUCACCUCCACCAGACUAACGAUUCUGCAGUGACCUUGAGUCCACAUCAUACAAUUAGUCAGGAUGGCCUCGUGAAGUCUGAACAACAAUACACGUAUGAAGACAGUGGGUACGCUAACAAAGACUGUAUUAGUCACAUUGUCGAUGGCCCAUCACUCAUCCAACAAGACGCCAAUGGUAGAGAUCCCAGUGCCAGCUUCAACAACAAUAACAACGACUGGAAGUUGGCAAACAACAAUUCCAACAGUACCGCAGAUUCGUUAUUACGAAAUGCUUUGCAAGGAAAGAGUCUGCUUGGCCGUUACAACGGCACGAAUCCCAAGAACGGGAAACCUAUGGAAGGACACAUUGAACUUAGACGGGUCUUGUCCACACCUCCUAAUGGAGCAAAGACGCCCAUGGAACAUUCUCCAGUGUUUAUCGCCAGUGAUAUAACUGAUGACUGCAGUGGGGGAGAUCAAAAGCCGUCUCCGCUGAUGACUGUGACGAUGGAGGGCAAUGCUGUGGUCAUGUUUGAUGGUGGAGGUGGAAGCAGAGGUCUAGGCCUGACGGAUUCAGAUAACCCUUCCUCGGCACACAGCAUGGAUGAUAUUCUGCUGUCACAACUCGAUGCAGCAUCCUACCCUGAGGAUUAUGAGAAACUCAAGCGAAUUGCCAAUGAGGUCGCAGAAUCUGUGAAUCAGUACUGCAACUUGGACCAAAACAGCAUUGCAAGUCCAACCCAACACGCACCCUCUGGAAUCUACAUCUCGACGCAACUUUCAUCAGCAGAUAACCUCGUACCAAAUUCCAUACUGUCCUCAACUCACCACCAUCACCACCACCACCAUCACGCAAAUCUCUCAACAAUUCUUACCACUUCACAAUCCACAACAAAAACUAGUGUUGGGAAGAAGUAUACAAAGAAGCAAAGUGGAAGUGGUGGGGGUGGAAGCACCAAGGCCGCACACAGCAGUCACCAGCUACAGAGCAAUGGCGUGCGCAAGGAGAGGUCCCUGCAUUACUGCAAUAUCUGUAGUAAAGGCUUCAAAGAUAAGUACUCGGUAAAUGUACACAUUCGCACGCACACGGGAGAAAAGCCAUUCGCAUGUUCUUUAUGUGGCAAGAGCUUCAGACAGAAGGCACAUCUUGCUAAGCAUUACCAGACCCACAUGGCACAGAAAAACACUGCAGCCAACAGCAAUGGCGUAACAAAACCAGGAGCUAACAAGGGGAGGUACAGUAGCGCAAAGUCUUCGUGAUCAUCGUUACAGUCUUCAUGAGGAUGCUUCUGAAGACAAUAGAAGUAAAUAUUGCACAAAGCUUAACGAUUGAACCCAGGGAAUCUGAUCAUUAGAAAUAAGAAUGAUUGGAGAAAUAAGAUAUAUAUUUGAUUUAAGUGGAACUAGAGGUGGUUUUGCACUGUAAUCAUUAAAUGCAGCAUUUCGGUAGUAUUAGUAAAAACUUCUGUCACUGGUUGCAUUGAUGUUUCUCUUUUCUCAAUUACAAGUAAUUGGUAAUACCGUAGAUUAUAUAUUCACUAAAGUGAUCAGUUAUUAAUACACAUUUUUGUGUACAAACAGAGAAAUAACAAUUCAGCUUUUCAAAGGAAAUGUCAUAUAAUAAAUACGUACUGUAGUAAUGUUAAAAAAUCUACAAUGUAACUGAGUAAAGUUUAGUAAUCGAAACAUUUGAAAGAAUAAAUCUGGCUAAGGUUAAAUAAGGCUAAAUUUAAAUGUUACAUAUUGCACCAUCCAUGAUUAAAUCCGUGAGAGCUCAAAAGUCCAUGAGCUAACGUCUAGUUUGUGAAAUAAAAGAGGACUUUGUUUUAAUUCAUUGCAGGAGUAGUAUGAAGUGGUCAGUACAAAAUAUUAUUUUCACCAGUGACAUUCAUAAGUUACUUUAUACGAGUAUAAACUGCACUUGACUAAAGUUAAAUGUACGUCUUCCUCUUAAAAGUGGUUGUAUAACUUUUGUUUUACAAUUAUAUAAUAGUAUUGUGUACAUAAUGUUCCACUGUAUAAAUCAGAUAGUACCUUUUGUGUUUUGGCGCAUUUAGAAAAAUUCCAAACUUUAUAUAGGACAUUAAUGUUGAUUACCAGAAAGUAAAGAUGCAAUCCAUCAAAUUCAUGUAACUUUCUGGUAAUAUUAUUUGUGUUCCAUUUAAAAUCCCAAUCUUCAUCCCCUAAAAACUGGCUCCAUAAAAUAGUUAAAAUGUUUUACUGUCCAACUGUGACACUGUAUAGUUCUAAAUAGCUGACUGCUGUACAUCAGAGAACUUUUCUACAU